UGGUGGACCAAUAAUGAACAACCAAUCUUGCAGAAUGCUUAAAAUGGUUUGGCCCAAGGGAUUCUUCUUGUAUAAACACAGGAAACAUGGAGUCAUUGAGAAAACACAGGCUCACCUCGCAACUCCUAGCUCCAGCUGACUCCCUCUGUAUCCUCCUGCUGAUCCUGUCCCUGGCAGGCCUGGGCAGCUCUACUCCCAUUGACAGUCCCAGUCCCCAUCUGCUUUGUAAUGUCUGCCCUCUACAGCACAAAGAAAGAUCGUGCAGUAGUCACUUCACCACAGAGUGUCACCUGAAUGAACGCUGCGGUACUAGCACAGGGCAUUUUGGUUCCAUCCACAUCCUGUCUGCACAAGGCUGCCUGACUUAUGACCUCUGUAACUCCACCCACCCUGUGCUCUACCGUGGGGUCAGUUACAAUGUGACAUACAGGUGUUGCUGUAGGAACAGAUGUAACCAUCCACUGGCCCCAGAGAUGCAUACAGAGAGGCUGUCAGGAGGGAUGACGGAGCCCAGUGAGGUGCCUCCUAUGACGAACGACCCUCUGGACAGAUGUCCUGGAGAUUGACAUCUCCACGACCACGCUGUCACAUUCCCAUGUAUAACCGUAUCCUCUGAGACCUCCAGGAGUGGCUAGAGACUACUACUGAGAUCUGUCACUGGGGACAGGUCUAUUGGCAACUGACUUUCCACAGUCUCACACAAGGGAUGAUGCCCAUUUUAAUUGUUUAGGUUAAAUUGUGAAAUUGCCUAUUUAUUCACAUUUUCAAAAUGGUUUGCUGUUACUUAGUCAUGGUUCCCAGUGCUGGAAAAUGUAGCCAAUAAAAUUAUUUUGUUUGCA